GACCAGGAGGACCGGCAGGAGGAGGAAGAUGCAACUGAGCCGCUGCUGCUUCGUGUUCCUGGUGCAGGGGACCAUCUACCUGGUCAUCUGCGGCCCCGAAGACCCGACCCGUGAGGCGGAUCCGGAUCCGAGAGGCCCGGAGCAGGGCGACUCCGGGAGCCGGGCCCGGCCCUCCCGGGUGCAGAGGAAACGGGGUCACCCCCCGGGCCGGGCCCGCCCGGCGCCCAACGCCACCCUCCUGGAGCUGCCGGCCGCCUCGCCCGAGCUGUGGGGAGCCCUGGGGGACCCCCACGCCCGCGCCCCCCGCGGCGCCCCGGCCCCGCCGGCCCGGCUCCGCAGGACCUUGGGCUGGGGCGACUUCUACUCCAACAUCAAGACGGUCACGUUGAACCUGCUGGUCACCGGGAAGGUGGUGGACCACGGCAACGGGACCUUCAGCGUGCUCUUCCGCCACAACUCGUCGGGCCAGGGCAACGUGUCCGUUAGCCUGGUGCCCCCCGGAAAGGCCCUCGAGUUCCACCAGGAGCGGCAGAUCUUCAUCGAGGCCAAGGCCUCCAAGAUCUUCAACUGCCGGGUGGAGUCGGAGCGGGUGGCCCGGGGCCGGCAGACGCUGCUUUGCCCCCACGACCCGGCCAAGACCUGCUCCCGGGAGCACACCCAGAGCUUCGUCACCUGGACCUGCUCCAAGCCCUUCCGCGUCAUCUGCGUCUACGUGGCCUUCUACAGCACGGACUACCGCCUGGUGCAGAAGGCCUGCCCCGAUUACCACUACCAGGGCCACGGGCCCUAUUACCCCUCCGGCUGACCGACCCGCGCACCCCGGGGGCCGGCGCCUCCCCCGCACCUCCGGAGCGGGCCGGAAUCUCGUCCAGUUGGGCCAGGCCCCGUUCCCGGCCUGGGGAUCCCCGGGCCCUCUGCGGGUCCGUCUUCAGCUUGUCUCCGCCCCGGCGCUUAGUACAGUGCCACUGUGCUUGACGAAUACCAUCAUCGGCACCAUCGGGCAGCUGGGGUUACCUCCAUCUGUCCUCUGCCCCCAGCAGACUCACGCGCUCGUUCAUUCUGUUGUAUUCAGUGAGCGCUUACUGGGAGUGGAGCACUGUACUAAGCGCCUGGGAGCGUACAC